AUGACUUCUUCUAACACUGACCAGCGCCUGGAGCAUCUCCUGAGCGCCGUGGAGAGCGAGUUCCAGAAGGGCAGCGAGAAGGGAGAUGCGUCCGAGCGGGAUAUUAAACUGACUCUGGAUGAUGCAGACUUAUGGAACAAGUUCAAAGAGUUAACCAAUGAGAUGAUUGUCACCAAAACUGGAAGGAGGAUGUUCCCGGUGCUCCGGGCCAGCGUCAGCGGCCUCGACCCCAACGCCAUGUACUCGGUGCUGCUGGAUUUCGUGGCCGCGGACAAUAACAGAUGGAAAUACGUGAACGGGGAAUGGGUCCCCGGUGGCAAACCGGAGCCUCAGAGCCCCAGCUGCGUCUACAUCCACCCGGACUCCCCAAACUUCGGAGCGCACUGGAUGAAAGCGCCCGUCUCCUUCAGCAAAGUCAAACUCUCCAAUAAACUCAACGGGGGCGGACAGAUCAUGCUGAAUUCUCUGCACAAAUACGAGCCGAGGAUACACAUUGUGAAGGUUGGAGGCAUCCAGAAGAUGAUCAGCAGCCAGUCUUUCCCCGAAACACAGUUCAUCGCCGUCACUGCUUACCAGAAUGAAGAGAUCACUGCUCUGAAGAUAAAGCACAAUCCUUUUGCCAAAGCCUUCUUGGAUGCCAAAGAAAGGAGUGACCAUAAAGACGUCCCUGAUCACAGUGGAGACAGCCAACAGUCUGGCUACUCUCAGCUUGGAGGUUGGUUCCUUCCAGGCCAGAGUCCCAUCUGCCCCAGCAGCAGCCCUCCUCAGUUCAGCAGCACAGCAGGCCACUCCUCUGGCUCCUACUGCGAGCGUUACUCCAGCCUGAGGAGCCACAGAGCGGCCCCGUACCCCAGCCACUACCCUCACCGCACGUCCAGCACCAAUAACUACAUGGAUAACGCUUCAGGAACUCUGCCCACUCACGACAGCUGGUCUGCUCUUCAGAUCCCAAACUCCACCGGCAUGGGGACCCUGUCCCAUUCCACCAACUCCACAUCUAAUUCCAGUCAGUACCCCAGCCUAUGGUCAGUAGCCGGCACCACCCUCACCCCUUCCGGCUCGGCCUCGGGCUCCAUACCUGGAGGUUUGACCUCCCAGUUCCUGAGGGGCUCCUCCUACACGGGCCUGACCUCCUCGCUGCCCGUCUCCUCACCAUCCUCCAUGUACGACCCCAGCCUGAGCGAGGUUGGGGUUGGAGAAGCCCAGUUCGAGAGCUCCAUCGCCAGGCUGACCGCAUCCUGGGCGCCCGUGGCUCAGAGCUACUGA